AUUCAAUGAAAACUCAGAAAAAAAAACAGAUAUUGAUUAAAUAUUUUCUAUUGAUAGAGUCUAUUAAAAUAAAAAGAUAUUAGAUCUAUUUAUUAGAGGCUAUACUUUGUGUGAUUCUAUUCAUAAUUCGAGUUCAUAUACUGAAUAACAAUCAUGGAAUGGAGAAGAUGAUUAAGAUACUCUACAAUAUUUUGAAGUAAAUGAUUUGUUUGAAAACAAAAACAGUCCUGUAAUUAAAAAUGAGGAGUAACAUACAAAACACAAAUAUCUUAAGAACUAUACAAAACAUGAAGUUCGGCCUCAAUAGAUUGAAUUCAACUCUAAUUUUGAAAAUAGUUGAUAUAAUGAUUUCCAAUAUUGCGAAUUUAAUUAUAAUUUAUUCUUAUUAAAUUUAUCUAAAACAGAUUAGAACAAUAUAAAUUAGUAUAAAAUUAGUAAGGAGGAAACCCAGGAAAUCAAUAUCUAAACAACAUUGCGAUAUAAAAUUAAUCAGAAAAUUUUUUUUAUGA